GCCACUGGCUUUGUAGCCAUUUUAGGAGGAGACACGGUUUGCUAGCUGGGGCGCGGCUUCAACUUUAAUAACUUUAUUGGUGGCGUUAUCCGUAGAGCAGGCGUCGCGCCAGUGGCUGGGGGAGGAGGGCACGCCUCGCGGGAGGUGGCCUCCGACUCGAGCUGCAGCCAUGGGAAACACCACCAGCGACAGGGUGGCCGGGGAGCGCCACGGCGCCAAGGCUGCGCGCGCCGAGGGCGCCGGCGGCCACGCUCCAGGCAAGGAGCACAAGAUUAUGGUGGGGAGCACUGACGACCCCAGCGUCUUCAGCCUGCCGGACUCCAAGCUCCCUGGGGACAAAGAGUUUGUAUCAUGGCAGCAGGAUUUGGAGGACUCCGUAAAGCCUACACAGCAGGCCCGGCCCACUGUUAUCCGCUGGUCUGAAGGAGGCAAGGAGGUCUUCAUCUCUGGGUCCUUCAACAAUUGGAGCACCAAGAUUCCACUGAUUAAGAGCCAUAAUGACUUUGUUGCCAUCUUGGACCUCCCUGAGGGAGAGCACCAGUACAAGUUCUUUGUGGAUGGACAGUGGGUUCAUGAUCCAUCAGAGCCGGUGGUUACCAGUCAGCUUGGCACGAUUAACAAUUUGAUCCAUGUCAAGAAAUCUGAUUUUGAGGUGUUUGAUGCUUUAAAGCUAGAUUCAAUGGAAAGCUCAGAGACAUCUUGUCGAGACCUUUCCAGCUCACCCCCAGGGCCUUAUGGUCAAGAAAUGUAUGUGUUUCGAUCCGAGGAGAGAUUCAAAUCCCCACCUAUCCUCCCUCCUCACCUUCUCCAAGUGAUUCUUAACAAGGACACGAAUAUUUCUUGUGACCCAGCCUUGCUCCCCGAGCCCAAUCAUGUUAUGCUGAACCAUCUCUAUGCAUUGUCCAUUAAGGUAAAUAAACUAAGGCUCAGAGAAGGUCAAAUUGCCAGACAGUGUGAUGGUCCUUAGUGCAACCCAUCGCUAUAAGAAGAAGUAUGUCACUACUCUGCUAUACAAGCCCAUCUGAAGGGAUCCCCUCCUGCCUCCCAGGAUUCAGGAGAAGCAUCUCCCUUGCCUUUCUGGACUGGACCAGUCUUACCUGAGACUGGAAGGCUGAUUUGCUUUGAGGCUGAUAUGUGUGUUUCGGAGCCUCUGAGUAGGAUGCUCUGCUUUUGCAUUUUAUUGCAGAUGAGAGCCUUAUGAGUUCAUGGAAUUCAUUUUAAGAAAAAAAAUAUAUAUAUAUACGCAUAUGAGAGGAAGGUUAAUGGAAGCCUCCUAUCUAGAUGUAUUCUCUCUGCCUGUGAGGACUCAACAAGACGUGUUUAAGGGAGCUGCAGGAAGAACCAUUACAGGAAGCUUUUUUCCUAAAAUGAAUGAAGAGCAAACUCUCAGGAUCCCUGUUGGGUGGAGAUUCUGUCACUGCUACCUUGGCGUUCCAAGGGAUGGACUUGUGCGAGACUGCUGCCCUACUUAUAGCUGCCUCCUUGCAAGGCAGCUUUUCUUGCAUGGGUUCUCUGUAUUCCUAGAGUAUGUGGCACAAUCUGUGUUUUUUAUAUGAUACCAGAUGCUCCACAAGAACCCUUUUUCCUCUCAUUUCACAUUCUUGCUUUGAUAACCUCCUUCAGAUCCUAUACUCAAACCUUCCCUAACACAAAAUGUAUUGGGUAAGUGACGCCUUUCAAAGGCUGUGUGAGACCUGACCCACCUCAGAGACUAGGGCUAUUAGACAGUUUCCUGUUUAGCCUAGCACAGGCGCUGGCCAUUUGGUUACUGCUUGUUUUAACUUCUGCUAAAGAAAAUAUGGCUCAGCAUUAUAAGAGACACAGAAUGCACAAGGUCUACUUGUUUUAGUUUGGUGCCACAGCUUAGGCUGUAUUGGCACAUUCCCAUAAGUUUUCCCACCUGGCCUGGCCCUGCUUCCAUAUUUUCUUUUGCAGAGCAGACAGCUUUGAAGGUGGGAGUGGAACCAGGGAAAACUUUUGUAUCUUUUAUCCUUGGAAGAUUUUUAUGUGUCAACAUUUUUCUUUAAUUAAAAAAAUGCUUUUUCAUUGGUCUUUAGGAGACUGCAUAGGAAAACUUAAGCCUCUUGAUAAAUGGUUCCCGAGACUUUCUUCCCUAGUCUAGUUCUAUAUGAUCUUACAUUAAUGUGGCCAACCCUGUGUACAUCAUUACAGUAAACACUGCUCUAGAUAUGGAUUCAUUCAGGCUCAUUUGAUGCACCUAAAAGGUUCUCUCAACUUAAAGAUUCAUUAGGCCAAGAAACAAGAAAGUACCCUUGGUGUUCCCAAAAUGAAAAAUAUUGCUUCCCUGCGCUAAGUGCUAAUAGGAUCAUUUUGUUCUGCCUCUUUUUUAAAAAAGUGUUUGAUGAUGAAGUGGAGUCAGUAAUUUUCAUUUAUGGAAUGAAAAGUAGCUAUUCAAUCCACUCUUGGGGUUCAGAGAUAAAACAUUUUUUUCCAAGUAUCUGUGGCUCUUCCAUUACAGAUAAAUGCAGGUCAAACAUUCAAAACUCGAGGAAUUUUGAACUGAAGGAAUCUCAAACUUGAUGCUUAAGAGACUCUUGGACUGCUAAGAUCAGCCCAGCCACAUUGAAAGGGCACCUACAGGUCAGUUUAGCUACCUCUUGUCUUUCCCAUGCGAAGCUGAUGACACAAUUGUCUUCGUAUAUAGACCUCUUAGACCCUGGGUGUGAGGUAAUAGGAUAUGGGGUUGUGGUUUUGCUGGGAAUGCAAAUUGCUAAGUGCUUUGGUGGUUAAUUGCUGAAAAUAAUACUGCUUUAGUACUCAAGGCCACCUUCUGCAGCAAAAGGCUUUUGUGGAGAACCUUUUAUGGUCCCAACCAAUUUUUGAAUGGUGUGCCAUUUGAAAAAUCUAGGCCAAAACCUAUUAUAACCAACUCUCAGGAUUGACAUUGUCUUCAGUUAUAUUAGAAUUUAGAAUACCCAUGAAAUAAGUGGGCCACUUAGGAGGAUUCAAAAUCUUGGUUGUUAAUGGAGGAUUUUGUUGUACUCAUAUUUCUUGACAACAGUAUUGAAAUAUAAUUAUGUGUUCAUGUAUUAAAAUUUUUACUCCACACAAAUGUAUCAACAGAGUGGGGCAGGAAAAGAGAUCCUUUCCAUUUCUCUCAGGCCAGAGGCUUCUGUGAACUGGCUCUGGCUCCAAUGACAGUAGAUUUGGGUGCUGGUGACUUUCAGAUCUUUCUAAUCUGGAAAGGUGCAGAGAGUGUCACUUUCCCUAGUUCUGAGGUAAUCUCUCAGCCAGAUGUGAAAUGGAAGCCUACCAGCUGGUAUGGGAUGGGUAAGAGGAACUGGGUGAUGACUCAUUCAGCACUGUCCCUUCUCUGUACUGAUAAUACUUCCUGUGGCCCUGAGGAGCCCUAUCACACUCUGUCCCCAAGAAACCGUUCUAGAAGGUAGAGAGGGAGGAAGGCAGGUGGCCCAAAGUACAACUUACUCAUUCUUUUAUAUUGGUUAAAGGGAUAGUGUAUUUGCUGCAGAAGAGAGUCUGGCAGAUUUUGAGAAUGAAUAAAGGCAAAACAUUUAUUUUAGCUUUUUUUUUUGCCUAUAGGCGUUUCACAGAGUUAGAGUUAGCAGAGUAAGAAAAAAGCUCUUUGGGAGGACUGAUCCUUAAAGAACUGCAUCAUGGUUUUGGGGUUGUGGGAAAAAGAAGAGUGGCUGAGCUGAGGAGUGAUACCUGGAAAAUAAAGGCUUAAAUAACUCAGAACUAAAAAUAUCCUUUUUUUAAAAAAAAUUAAAUCAGACAGAACUUACUGUAUAAAACAUCUUCCUUUUCUCUCUUGUUCCUAUUUUCUUCCCUUUCUUCUAUAUUCUGCAUUAACUCUGACUUUUAACUUUAAAUUUGCCAGGCAGACUUUACCCGGGUGUCAAGUCAAACGCUACCUAAAACAAGUGUUAGUGCUCUUGCUGGUAUGGAGAACUUCUGCCUCAUGGUUAUUAGCUUGCUUUAAGCUUUCCAUUGAAUGGGAUUUAAUCACUGUAGGCAACACCCAUGAAAGGCAUACAUGGCCUCAAUAGUGUUGGCUUUUUUCUAACAAUGUUGGCUUUUUAACAAUUCUCUCCUAUAAAAGAAGAAUCCAAGAGAAGUUUCUGAGAGGAUCCUAGAAACCCAGGCCUGCUCACUUCCCCCCAUUAUUUCUAGUCUCUUAUAGACCUAAUGGAUCUGAGCUAAAACCUUUGAAAAGUGUUGGUAUUCCAUGUAUGCUGCUAAAAUGAAGUUAAGUUUGGAAAGAAGUGAUACCUCCAGACUGGGCUUAUAUUAAUUUCGGGUAUAAAUGAAAGAGACAUACUCAAGAUAGAAUCCCCUGCUUUUAAUUGGGGAAAUAGGGCUUUUAAAAUUUUGACCUCAACUAAAAAUGAUAUGCAAUAGUCUAUGUUGUGUGUGUUUGAAAUACAUUCUAUUCUCAGAGAUUUCUAAAUCCUCACGUUCUAGUGAUUUGGGGCAUGAGCUUGAGAAGAUACUCAGUUUCUUCUUACAUUGUUCUGACUCAUCAUUAAAGUCAAGUUCUUGCUGUCUUCUGCCAGGGGCUGCUGACUCCAAUUACCCAUGGGAUGGAGCACCUGGGAGGGGUAGGAGUUAGGGUCUUUUAAAACUCUGGAUCUAGGCAUAUGUCUCUUCUUAAGCACCAAUCACAGUUGGAGGUCGAAGGGCUGUGAUUUCUGCAAUGAACCCAAACUUGGAGUAAAAAGGCCAAAUCUGUUUUAAAGUUAUAAGAAAAAAGAAAGAAAGGAAAAAAACUCAAGAGUCCGUUACUUAUGAAAUCCAAGUCUUAGCAAUGGAAUCCCUCUAGGAUUCAAAUGUGGGCUUUGUCUUGAUUUGCUUUUCUUGAUUGUGCUUUGAAGUGAAUAAGUUUUGUUAAAAAUUAAAUUUUUUGUUAGUUUCAACAUUAGUUGGAGUUGAACUAAUUGUGUGUAGCACAGUGGUUUUGCAGCAAGAUUGAUGUGAGAUACUAAACGCUCUGUGGAUUCUGUAGUCAAGUUAAAUAGUUGAGGGAUACCUACUGUAAGUAUUACAUUACAUAUUGAUCAUUUUCUUUUCUGUUCCCAUCUACAGAACACUUACCUUAACCAGGGUGUGAGUUUAGAACAGCCAAAGCUCACUGAUGUCGAUUAGUCCUAAUCUCCACACUGGGCCCCAUAUGUGAGACUUGUUUGAAUUUUGGUAAAUUGGGGGAUGUUGGUUGUUAUUACACUGAAGCAUUUUGAAUGAGUGCAGCUCUGUCAUAAAGGGGGAAUGAGACUCUAAUUUGAGGGGAAUUAAAUAUGUGAGAGUCUUCCUUUAAAUGGUGCUUUUUGCAACCUUUAGUGCUGAGGUACAGAGCUGCUAUUCAAUAUUUCAUGAAGGAGUGGCAUACAAGAAUGGAUUUUAAAGGUUUUCUCCAAGUGUAAUUUGUCACUGGACUCUGACUUGUCUGAAAACUAUGUGAUGUAACACAUACAGAAUUGUGUUUUUUUCCAUAAAACUGUUGAAUAAAAGUAUUAUACAGCAAUAA